GCCAGAGCGCGCCGGUCGCAAGAUGGCUGCGGCCAUGCGAGGCCUUGCUAUGUGCGCGCAGCGGGCAGCGAAGCGGCCCGGACAGCAGGGUCAGAGACGACACUAGCUCAGCCUUCGGCCACUCUUCUAGAACGCCACCCCAGCCUCUGCCUGCUUCGUCCGAGAUGGAUCUGGCCGUGGGCCCCGGUGCAGCGGGGCCCAGCAACGUCCCGGCCUUCCUAACCAAGCUUUGGACCCUCGUGAGCGACCCGGACACCGACGCGCUCAUCUGCUGGAGCCCGAGUGGGAACAGCUUCCACGUGUUUGACCAGGGCCAGUUUGCCAAGGAGGUGCUGCCCAAGUACUUCAAGCACAACAACAUGGCCAGCUUCGUGCGGCAGCUCAACAUGUAUGGCUUCCGAAAAGUAGUCCACAUUGAGCAGGGUGGCCUGGUCAAGCCUGAGAGGGAUGACACCGAGUUCCAGCAUCCAUGUUUCCUACGUGGCCAGGAACAGCUCCUUGAGAACAUCAAGAGGAAAGUGACCAGCGUGUCCACCCUGAAGAGUGAGGACAUAAAAAUACGCCAGGACAGUGUCACCAGGCUGUUGACAGAUGUGCAGCUGAUGAAGGGGAAACAGGAGUGUAUGGACUCCAAGCUUUUGGCAAUGAAGCACGAGAACGAGGCCCUGUGGCGGGAGGUGGCCAGCCUGCGGCAGAAGCAUGCCCAGCAGCAAAAAGUUGUCAACAAGCUCAUUCAGUUCCUGAUCUCACUGGUGCAGUCGAACCGGAUCCUGGGGGUGAAGAGAAAGAUCCCUCUGAUGUUGAGUGACAGCAGCUCAGCACACUCAGUGCCCAAGUAUGGUCGACAGUACUCCCUGGAGCAUGUCCAUGGUCCUGGCCCAUACUCAGCUCCAUCUCCAGCCUACAGCAGCUCUAGCCUUUACACCUCUGAUGCUGUCACUAGCUCUGGACCUAUAAUCUCCGAUAUCACUGAGCUGGCUCCCUCCAGCCCUUUGGCCUCCCCAAGCAGGAGCAUAGAUGAGAGGCCCCUGUCCAGCAGUACCCUGAUCCGUGUCAAAGAAGAACCCCCCAGCCCACCUCGGAGCCCUCGGGUACUGGAGGCGAGCCCUGGGCGCCCAUCCUCUGUGGAUACCCCUUUGUCCCCAACUGCCUUCAUUGACUCCAUCCUUCAAGAGAGCGAGCUUACCCCUGCUGCCUCAAACACAGCCCCUAAGGACACAACCGGAGCCCAUGCCCCCACGCCCCAACCUCCCUCUACCCCUGAGAAGUGCCUCAGCGUAGCCUGCCUAGACAAUUUGGCUCGCGCUCCACAGAUGUCUGGGGUCGCCCGCCUCUUCCCCUGCCCCUCCUCUUCCUUUCUGCAUGGCCGAGUCCAGCCAGGGAACGAGCUAAGUGAUCACUUGGAUGCCAUGGACUCCAACCUGGACAACCUGCAGACCAUGCUGACAAGCCACGGCUUCAGCGUGGACACCAGUGCCCUGCUGGACCUGUUCAGCCCCUCGGUGACCAUGCCCGACAUGAGCCUGCCUGACCUGGACAGCAGCCUGGCCAGCAUUCAGGAGCUCCUGUCUCCCCAAGAGCCCCCCAAGCCCAUUGAGGCAGAAAACAAUAACCCUGACUCAGGGAAGCAGCUGGUGCACUACACGGCUCAGCCUCUGUUCCUGCUGGACCCUGAUGCUGUGGACACAGGGAGCAGCGAACUGCCUGUGCUCUUUGAGCUGGGGGAGAGCUCCUACUUCUCUGAGGGUGAUGACUACAUGGACGAUCCCACCAUAUCUCUUCUGACGGGCUCUGAACCCCCAAAAGCCAAGGACCCCACUGUCUCCUAAAGUUCCCAGGAGUUGUCAAGCUGGCCCCCAACCUAUCCCUAGGACAUGGCUGGUCCUGGGGAGACAAGACAGUUGGGCAGUCUCCUAGGUCAAGCCACAACCCCAGUGGAGCACAGAUGGGACUUGAGCCUAGGCAGUACCUUGGGUCAAGGGGAAGAUCCUGAGGGCUGCAUACCUGCUGCCUCCUCCCCAACCCCAGGUCUACGCUCUGGGUCAGAACUUCACAGCCACACUUGGACUGACCCUGCAGGUUGUUCAUAAAAUUGUAUUUUGGAUUUUUACAUGAGAGUCCCCUUUAACCGUUCACAAAUAAAUAAAUAUAUAUAUAUGUAUGUAUA